AUGGGCAUUUUCCAUGCCACUGCGAGUAGCACGGUCAGUGGACCCAAGAAAAAGAUUCUAACCAGCGUAGAGGCUACAAACGAGGACGAAGCAGCGAGAUGCGAUAUUCGCAUAGAGCAAGUUAGAUACAUCCGAGUCCAAAAGGCUUUUCACCCUUAUCCAAAGAGGCAAAUCAAGCGAUGA